AUGCCCUCAAACGUCCCUGUCUUGAACGAUGACAUCCUUCUAGAGGUUAUGUCCGCGUCGGCCAUAGCGGACUGCGCCCGUUUCAUGCGCACAUCGCGUUUCUUCUACGACCACGGGCCCCUUUUUUUACUCACUCGCAACACUCCACGCUUGACUACUGAACCCGACCUCCUGCGCUUCCUGGACUUUCUCCACCACGAGCCUACCAGACGCUACCAGCUUCUUCGCCGACUAGAGCUGUCCUUCAUCGCUAGACUGUCCAACACAUCCCUUUUCCAGCUCAUCGACGCUCUCCCCCGCUUCACGCACCUCCAGUAUCUUUCCAUUGACGACGCUGAUCCCUUUCUCGGCUUCCUGUACGAAAGUCUUCCUCCUGCCUUUGCUACCCUCACAUCGCUCCGCGAGCUUCGAAUGGCAUGCGUCAGCUACACCUCCAUAGACCUGCUACACAACCUCCGCUCCGAGCUGGUGCGCCUCCAUCUCGACUUUGCCCAGCCAGACGCACUCGACACCACCUUCGACGUGGACAUCCAGCAGGACAAAUGGCCGAACUUUCACCCCGUCCCCCUCCUCGCGCGCUGGACCGCCUCUCUCGAGGAACUGCACUCCGAUUACUGGUACACCCAUCCGUCAAUCACGCCGCCCGCAGACUCGGACGUCGUGUACCCGCAUAUGCGGGCCCUGACGCUAACGCACACCACGCGCUGCCCGUUCACGAUGCCGUAUGUGCGCGCGUACCCGAACCUGGAGCGCCUGGCCGUCUCGUCCCUGCCUUCCCGGGUCAGUUCCUGGCUCAACGCGGAGGAAGCCGCAGAAGACGCGCAGGAACACGCUGCACGCCGGUUACUCAACAUCGAGCAGCAACGCAGCACCGCUGGAAGUACAUGGCCGCAUCUGCGCACGUUCGACGGCGCGCUGGUCGACCUGUACGUUCUCGGCCUGCAGUGCUCGCUCGAGCGCGUCGCGCUCACCGCGCUGGACGCGAAUCACGGGUACAUGCUCGGGCCGGCCCUGGCGGAUGUGCGUCCGCGCCGCCUCGAAUUACGGCAGUGGUCGGUAUACGUAGGCAUGGAUGCGGUAUCUGCCGUCCUUCGCGAAGAGGGCGCGGGGCGUCUCGAGGAACUGCUCAUCGAGGCGGAGCUAGAAGUUCAAUAUGCAUAUGCAGAUGUGGCUCGCACACUAGACAACUUUCUGGAGGCUCUCGGACAGUCGUGUGUGCGCGACUUGACGUUGUGCAUUCUCCUAAAGAGAUCGCGGGACGAUGUGCAAGACCCGCAGCUUGGCAGGACAGAGAAGUUGGAAUGGGGGAUCGCUGUCCAGGACUAUGUGCGACGGCUUGCGGAGGCCGUGCCGACGAUACAAAGGGCCGUCGUCUCUGUCCAAAAUGUGGACGGGCGGAGGAUUCGAGAGGCAACUCUGGCGGACGGGCGCGUUUAGUACGUGGCUAACAAGUAGCCUGCGUACUACCGAUUGACUAGGGAUCACUAGUGACCGCAGAAUGCCGGCACGAUGCUUAUUGGUGAUGUUCUGAGCUGCCAGGCAGCUAGCACGAACACGCGCGACAUCAUACGGACGCGUGAGUAGUACGUGUAAAUAGCGAACCUAAC